AUGCAAUUAAGGCUGAACUUCGAAAGCCUUAAUUGCAUGUUCACGAAGAAGACCAUGUUUGCAGAUGUUCCUUGUGCAACUGAGAUAAAAUGUAUGGAUACAAGCAUGAUAAAUAGGCUUGAUCAGAAACACGAACUUCUAAAAGAUAAUCUUUUUCCUUGUAUUUCUUGGAAAGUCGGAGAAAAUUUAGGAAAAGAUAUUAAGACUUUUGCAGUGGUGGUGCAAGAUAUUGACUUGCCUCUACCAUUUGUGGCUCUUCAUGGAUGUUUCUUCAAUAUUUCAGAACAUUAG